AUGAUCGAGGUUAUUUGCAAUGAUAGACUAGGCAAGAAGGUUAAGGUCAAGUGCUUGCCAGAAGACACCAUCGGCGACUUUAAAAAGAUUGUCGCAGCACAGACGGGGACAGCCCCGGAAAAGAUUGUUUUGAAGAAGGGCUACACCACUUAUAAGGAUCACAUCACGUUGGAUGACUAUGAGAUCCACGACGGGAUGAACUUGGAGUUGUAUUACGCUUAGACGAGAGACUGUGGGUGGUUUCUGAUGUCACAUUCAUGUAAGCUUGGUGUUUCUAGCCUGUUGAAGAAUAUUGCCGGAGACGUCCAGUUGAGGGUGGUGGAUAGCCUUUGCCCAGAUGGUAGUAAUUAUCAAUGUUAUAGAUGAUUAAGCCGUCCUAGUAGGUAUGACUGUUGAAAUUAAUCAUAUGUUUCUAUUCGUG